CGAAAGGCAGGAACUCGGGGGAAGGUGGCGGCUGCCAAGCAAGCCCAGCGGGGAUCUUCCAAUGUCUUCUCCAUGUUUGAACAAGCACAGAUCCAGGAGUUUAAGGAGGCAUUCAGUUGCAUCGAUCAAAACCGAGAUGGCAUCAUCAGCAAAUCAGACCUGAAGGAGACAUACUCCCAACUAGGAAGAGCAAAUGUGCCUGAGGAAGAGUUGGAUGAGAUGCUACAGGAAGGCAAAGGUCCAAUCAACUUCACAGUCUUUCUCACACUCUUUGGGGAGAAACUCAAUGGAACUGACCCUGAAGAAUCCAUCCUCAGUGCCUUCCGCAUGUUCGAUCCCAGCGGCAGUGGGGUGGUCAACAAAGAAGAGUUUAAGCAGCUCCUUCUGUCCCAAGCAGACAAGUUCUCUCCAGCUGAGGUGGAGCAAAUGUUUUCAUUGACACCUAUGGACCUGUCAGGAAACAUCGACUAUAAAUCCCUGUGCUACAUCAUCACCCAUGGAGAUGAGAAGGAGGAGUGA